AGACGCACAGUGGUGAAUCACAGCUUCCAGUCUCCACGCUGGGGUGGUUGUCAGGCUGCUCACAGCAGCUGGCAGGUUCGAAAGUCCCUUCCGAGGAUGGAGAAGCGGGGUUCUGGCCCCUGAGGGGACUGAGGGGCACCAGUGUGGACACACGUGAUGGUGGGCCAGGAUGUGGGGGGCUCAGCACCCACCUUCCUGCAGGGUGAUUUUCCACCUCUGGGCUGCUAGACCUGCUUCCAGAUGCCGCUAAAAUCCCCAGGUGUGAAAAUGAAGUCCCAGGCCACCAUAAUUUGCUGUUAUGUGUUUUUUCUGGUCACAGAAUGUUCCCACUAUCGACCCAAGAUUCACAUCAAAGAGGGAGAUAAACCUCACAGCUCUGCAGAGAAACUCAAGACUGGACAGAUGGAAGAGAAAUGCCAAGGGCUGUGCACCACUUCCUCCAACUGCAGCCACCCCUGUGCUAAGCCCUUCUGGGGAGAAAUUGGAUAUAGAUGUAACCAAAAAAUGUGGCAAAAAUCGACGGAAACGUGUACAAGCCUUUCUGUGGAGACUCUUUUCAAGGACUCAAACGAUGCUUCACGCCUUUUCUUAGCAUCGGCAUCAAUACCUCUGCACAUUCUUGACCUCCAAGCUCCAGAGCCCAUGGAGACCAUCACUAAAGGGAUCCUUAAGAACUGUCCCCUCGACUUUGCCUGUAUAAUUAAUCCUGUGAAGUCAUCAGAAGCCACAUCUGGAAAUAUUGCAUUUAUAGUGGAGUUAUUAAGAAAUAUUUCUACACACUUGUCCGAUAAAGUAACUCGGGAGAAAAUGAAGAGCUACAGUAAAGUGGCCAACCACAUCCUCAAUCCAGCAGCCCUUGCGAAUUGGACUUUUGUUCCUGACAAGAAAGCCAGCUCAGAUUUAUUGCACUCAGUGAAUUCCUUUGCCAGGCAACUCCAAAUCAAUAAUGAAUCUGAGGACAUUGUGGAUGAGCUCUUCAUUCAGACCAAAGGCUUUCACAUCAAUCACAAUACCUCAGGGAAAUGUCUCAAUUUCUCCAUGAGUGUGAAUAACAGCACAGAAGGUAUCUCAGGAAUGGUAGAAAUUCCCCGGCAGGAGCUUUGGAAACUGCCAAGUACAUCCCAAGUCGUUGGGAUUGCGUUCCCCACUCUGGGAGCCAUUCUGAAAGAGACCCACUCACCAAAUGGGAGUCUGUCUAGGCCCCUCAAUGGUCUGGUUCUGUCAGUAGUGUUGCCUGAAAGGCUGAGAGAAAUCCUACUGACCUUUGAGAAAAUCAAUAAAUCCCAGAAUGGCAAGGCGCAGUGUGUUGGCUGGCACUCCAGGAAAAGUGCGUGGGAUAAGACAGUGUGCAAAACCACAUUGGAUGCCAGGAACAUGGUGCAAUGCCACUGUAACUGCACCAGCACAGUGAGGUCUUUUUCCAUCCUGAUGUCCCCGAUGUUGGUGGCGGACAAAGUCCUGGACUACAUUACUUGCAUCGGCCUCAGCAUCUCCAUCCUCAGCUUGGUUCUCUGUCUGAUCAUUGAAGCCAUGGUUUGGCCCCGUGUGGCUGUGACAGAGAUGUCACACAUGAGGCAUGUAUGCCUCGUGAACAUAGCAGUGUCCCUCUUGGCUGCUAAUGCGUGGUUCAUCAUUGGCUCCAACUUUGAUGUCAAGGCCAAGGGCUACAACUGGUGUGUUGCUGUGACAUUCUUCAGCCACUUUUUCUACCUCUCUCUGUUCUUCUGGAUGUUCUUUAAGGCACUGCUCAUCCUCUAUGGAAUCCUGGUGGUUUUCCGGAGGAUGAUGAAGUCCCGCAUGAUAGCCAUUGGCUUUGGCAUUGGCUACGGGUGCCCCUUGAUCAUCGCUGCCACCACAGUUGCUAUCACAGAGCCAGAGAAAAGCUACGUGAGACAGGACGUGUGCUGGCUGAACUGGGACACAAGCAAAGCCCUGUUUGCUUUUGCCAUCCCAGCCUUGGUCAUCGUGGCCGUAAAUCUUGCUGUGGUCUUUGUUGUUGCUUUCAACACACAGAGACCUUCUAUUGGCAGUUCCAACUCUCAGGAUAUGGCCAUAAUUAUGAGGAUCAGCAAAAAUGUUGUAAUCCUCACUCCGCUGCUGGGGCUGACCUGGGGGUUUGGAAUAGCCACUCUCAUCGAAGGAACAUUCUUGAUUUUCCAUAUCAUCUUUGCCCUGCUCAAUGCUUUCCAGGGUUUCUUCAUCUUGCUGUUUGGGACCAUCAUGGAUCACAAGAUAAGACAUGCCUUGAGGAUGCAGAUAUCUUCGCUGAGGGGGAGCCCAGGGCAGCAGAGAAUGCGCCAUUAAAUUUAACCAAUGGAUCUAAGUUAAUGACUCAUUGAGGACAAAAUGUGUAGGGUGAAGGCUGCACGACCUCCUGGGGGUUUCAGGAUUAAGUGAGCGGACCCACGAGAGCCCCAGAGCAGGGCCUAGCUGGAGCUAAGUUGUCGGAUGUCAGCUCUUACUACCAACAGGUGUUCCAACCCUUCUGCCCAGGUGCCCAUCCUCCGAUGCCUGGUCCUGGGGAACAGGUGAGCUCCAGGAGAAGUAGCAUGUGGGAGGAAGGCUGGAGAGAGGUGACUGCUGUGCUUCCAUGGAGGACGUCCUCCUCCUCCUGCUGGGAGUGACACCUCACGACGCGCACAGUGAGGAUGACAUCUGAGGACUAGGCGUAAUAACAAGGCUCUGCUGACCUGUGGACCUGCCCGUGACCAGCAGGCCUUGGCUCCUCUCUCCUCGUCAAGAUCAGGCAUGGACCUACAAAGCCUGCGGUAGCCUCCAUGGAGGCUGGGUCUCUUUUACUCCCAAGGUUGCUGUGACCCUGCUGUCCCCUCAUCCCUCCCUCUGCAUGCGCCCUGGUGUUUGGGAAUAGGUCACGUCCAGUUUCAGGGGUUGGGUUGAGGGUCGGGACACAAGGGCCAGCUGGCAGGAGAAACACUGAAUCUAUUUGGAGGCAGUUUAUUCACAGUAGGUUUCCUAAGAUGGGGAACAGAAGGCAAUAUAUUUAUUACUUUAUUCUAUUUUAGAGCUCGAGUAAAAUAAUUUAGCUUUUAGGAUCUUAACCUUGUGAAACAGGCAAAAUAUUCCUGUAGGUAUAACUGUUUGUGUGUAUCUGCACACACACGUGUGUGUGUGUGUCUUUUUAAACCACUAUAUAUAUAUAUUUUUUUUU